AUGGAUCGCGACGUCGAGAAGACGUCAACAAAUUCAGGAAUAAUCAGCCCCGAGAAAAACGAGCCAACCUUUGCACCAAUUCAAUCAACGACACAAGCCACGAGAACUCGCUCACAAGCAUCUAUCAAUCUAUCGCGCUGUCAGUCCCAGAAUGGUUACAGCUGCAACCCGUUCCAUAACGAACCUUCCGAUGAUGAACUGGAGAAAGAUCCCUUUGAGGUUGGAUGGGAGAAUGACGACAAUGAUAUUUCAUGUCCGCGCAGCCUGAACAAGAUGAGGAAAUGGGUUAUUGUCACCAUAGUGGCGUCUGCCAGUUUCUGCGUAACAGCUGCCAGUUCGAUCUACGCAUUAACUUAUGAACAGAUGGAGGCCGAGUUCGGCAACUCUCGAGAAGUUUCCAUAUUGGGCCUUUCCCUCUUUGUUGUGGGAAUCGGUCUAGGUCCCAUGUUCCUCAGUCCCUUGAGCGAGUUCUAUGGUCGAAGACCCAUCUACCUUGUAUCUUGGUCCAUGUAUGUUGUUUGGAUCAUUCCUCAAGCUGUUGCCCAGAAUAUUGAGACCGUGCUCGUGAGUCGAUUCGUCGAUGGCUUCGCUGGGAGCGCAUUCCUCGCCGUGUCUGGCGGCACUGUCGGAGAUCUCUUCACCAUGAAUGAUAUACAGGCGCCGAUGCUGAUGUUUUCGAUUGCGCCGUUUAUCGGUCCUUCGAUCGGACCUUUGAUAGGAGGUUUCAUCAACUAUAAUGUUGACUGGAGGUGGACGCAUUACGUGCUCCUUAUCUGGGCAUUUAUUCUAGGGUUGGCGAUUGCAUUUCUCGUCCCUGAGACGUAUCACCCCAUCUUGCUUCGGAAUAAAGCGAGACAUAUUCGAAAAGAGACGGGCGAUGAGAGAUGGAAAGCCCCAACAGAAAAGGUCCAAAAGUCUGCUAUCAGUGCAAUAGGGCGAUCUCUUCUGCGACCCUUCCAACUCCUUAUCUUCGAACCUAUGUGUCUCAACCUGUGCAUUCUAUCAGCUAUUGUUCUUGGCAUCCUCUACCUCUUCUUCGGCGCCUUUCCUCUCGUAUUCCGCAACAUUUACGGCUUUAACCUCUGGCAGACCGGCUGCUCCUUUCUCGGCAUCCUCGUGGGAAUGCUGGCCGCCGCAGGACUCGACCCCGUGUGGCACCGCAACCGAAACAACCUCGUCCGGAAGCUGAGCGAGGAGACCGGCAUCGAGGGGAGUAGCCAGCCCGAGUUCAGACUACCGCCGGCGAUCGUGGGGGGUCUCCUGGUGCCUGUUGGCAUCUUCAUGUUUGGCUGGUCGUGCUAUCCUUGGGUUCACUGGACAGUGCCAAUUAUUGGAUCUGCAAUCUUUGGAGCAGGGUAA